GCUUGUUAAUAUUACAGAUAGAGACUAAGCCUUUCAGUAAUAAUCUAAGUAAUAAAAAUAAGAAGGUUGAUAUAUAUAAAAUGGAUGAUAAUGCAAAAAAAGAGGAUCUAAAGAAAGAAAUGCUUGAAGUGAAGCAUAAAAAUAUUGAAUACAAAUCUCUGAAUAGUAACAAAUCAGAUCAGAAUUACACUAAUAAGGUUAAUGCUGCUGAAACCAUCUAUAAUGAUGAAGUUUAA